GAUCCGUAUUCGGGACGCAGCUGCAAACGUUCGCGCAUCAAAGAACGCGCAGAUUGCGAGCACGUGACCGGCAGCCAUGGUGGGAAACGGAACGAGCGAAUCGGAGAGCGAUUACCAUCCCCUCUCCGGACUGCGCGAACAAAGAGACAAAGCUACUUGGUUCGUGUCGACGGUUGAUGCCAUUAGAAAGUCGUUGGCAGUUGGUGGGUGCGGUUGCUCCGCGAGGUAGAGAAAGGUGCGUCGGUGUAGGCUUGGCGAGAAAGUUUAUCCGCGACGGUUGUAAAGUGUGUACGGAAGGUGUGAAGGAACGCGAAGAAGCAUAGAAGAGGAAGAUCAGAGAUUGAAAGAACGGCGUUGCGUUUGAGUUUGAGUUAACCAUUCCACCGUUUGGUCGAUUCUCGCUGGCGCAUCCGAGGAAUCGAAAAAUCGAUUCGGAGCUAGUUUAACGAGCGAAAGAAAUUCCGAACGCGACGUUCCCGAGUAACGAGGGAUUAAAUUGGCUCGGCCCCUACGAAUUCAUCUGGUAUCGAGCGAAGCUACGACCAUUGCGAGAGUUUUCGCGUCGAACGAACGAGCCGGUUGUUGCGAAAUCGUCGAUUUUCGUAAAAGAAUUGCUUAAAACCGACCGGUAUUUCUUUUUCGCGCUGGAGCGUCGACGAACUAAUACUAAACGCGAUCGUGCGACGUGGCCGCGACGCCAUUUUGUGAAGAUUGCUGUGCGCGUCGCGCGAUCAACAACGGCCUCUCUCGUCCCGUGACCCACCAUCAUCGAGCCGAGGAAGAAAGAGUGUUUCUCUUGGAUCGUCGCGGCGUCGUCUCUCUCGACAAGAUCGGUAGAGAGGAAGAAAAAAAGGUGGAGGCGGAAGAGAACUGGUGUAACAUUAUCAUAGCUCGUUCGACCUGGGUUACAACGCGUAGCAACCAUGAGACUAGAAAUUGUGUCAGCGGCGGAUUUUUUGGUGCAUCUGCUCCGUAUUCAGACGGGCCAACUGUCGGAGCGUCAACUCGAAAUGUUCAAAUCGUCGUUGACGGAGGUCCUACGUCAUCGCUACAGGGAUCACUGGUUCCCGGAUCGUCCGAAUCGUGGUUCCGGUUACCGUUGCAUACGCAUCAACGGUAAAAUGGAUCCCGUGAUCGCGCAGGCGGGCGCGAACGUCGGGUUGCUGCCCACGGUACUGCACAGCUUGUUCCCAAGCGAGCUCACCAUGUGGAUCGACCCGUCGGAGGUGUCGUAUAGAAUCGGAGAGAACGGAUCGAUUUGCGUUUUGUACGAACGAACGGAACCCGUGCCGGAAGAAUCGCACCAUCAACUCCAGCAUCAGCAUCAAUUGCAACACCAGCAUCAACACCAUACUCAACACCAGCAACAACAACAACAACAAUUCGAGAGCUGCAAGGACUCCUUGUUGCUCGAGCAUUCGCAAUUCAGCGAGCAGAUCGCCGCGUUCGUUUCCAGUUGAAGCGUUUAUUGGCAUAAGUUUAUCGGUACGACGAUGCUAGGCGUCUCGCUUAAUUUCCAUUGGACGCGCAUCACGCUCUCGGACUGAUCAAAGCAAAAGCACACACGCGUUCUCGUGAUAUAUGUGAUGAUACGCUGCCCUGGUUGAGUGAAUAUUCGGCUCGUGUACACGAACGCGCGAUCCUACACCAUCUAUGUAUACUAUACAUAUAUAUACACGUCAAAUCUUUGACCAAGCUGCGCAAGUACGCGACGGCGUCGCUUGCUAUUUCGCGCGCGCGCGCGCGUCUCCGAUCGAGAGACCAACAACGGUAACAAAUCACCAGUUUUUCGGCCAACUUCUCCGAAGGAAUUCGUCCAUACGCGUCGUCCGACACGACGGCUCGCUACCGUCGCAACCACGACUGACUCUAGUCCAACCGUGCGCGAGUCAUCCCGAGUUUUCGUUGAUACCGUACGAAACGGGAUACUCAUGGCGGAAGAUCAUCAUCAUCGUUUAACGUACGAAUAGAAUGGCCGCGCGUUCGCGUUCACGCGCAACGACUCAUCCAGGAGCGGCGGUCCUCUUGCGUCCCGGCGAGUCUCGCGAGAAGAUCCGGCUUUUUCCAGUUUCGAGAGGUACCACCAGUGCCCGACGAGACUGCCUGCAAAGUGAGAAGAAAAUCUGGGCGAGUUCCGGCGAGGAUCUCUCUCAGCCCGACAAAUUGAUCUCAACCUCCUCCAGCGUAUUAUCGCGAAUCCUGAAGGGAAGGUACGCGGAGCGAGGAACAACGAACCAGUCUGACCCUCUUCUCUCCUCUGUUCCGGAGCGAGGACAACCGUAACGAGCCUCUCUUCCUCGAGAACAUUUCAACAAUGUGUUUUUACCGUCGCAAAUCUUUUUUCUUCCACGAACUUUCUUACGCGUCGAUCCAACGGAUCCCCCGGUGUUCCGAUGCUUUCUGACAGCAUGCUCUCUCCACUUUGACGGACAACAACAACAACAACAACAACGUCGAGGACAACGAUCGAACGGCACUGCGAGACCGUCGUCUCCUGUUUUCGAGCCGAUGCGAUGGGAAAACUAACAACUUUAUCUAUCCUCUCUUUUGUCGCGGUGGUCGUCGAGGAUUGUUUCCUCUGAUAUCGCCACCGAGCCACACACGAACAUCAGACACUGACAAUUUCCGAUAAACAACAAACCGAAUGAAAACAAUAGAAAACAAACCCGUAUAUUUUAUGUUGCCACGUCGUCGAACACACACACAGGAGAAACCCGUUAAUCCAUACAAUUUCUGAUUCUCUUCAGAAAUUUAUGCCGAGCUUCUCAUGGAACUCGUUAGCAACGACGACAUCACCGUCGGCGUUAUCGGAAACUUAGGAGCGGAUCCAGAUUGUCGUUUUUGGAUCGUUCACCGUCAUCGUUUUCAUUGGUCGUCGGACGUCGAGCGAUCCCAAGCUCGGCCCACACGUUGGUAUCGUUAACGUUACACAGUAAAAGAAAACACACGUUACACUGCAUACGUACAAACCUUUAACAAAAUGCGCGAGUUUAUAUGUACAUAUAUAUAGGUAUUAUGUAUGUAGAAAGCAGUAUAUACGUGUAAGUGGGCGAAAGAGAAACUCGCACGUAUAUUUUGUGUCAAAUUGUAUAUUAUCUGUUUUUGUGAGCGGAGAAACACGGAGAGUGAGAGUGAGCGAGAGACAGAGAGAGAGAGAGAGAGAGAGAAAGAGAGAGGGAAUGCACGAAGACGAAUGAAAGGUGAGCGGCAGAGGGAGAGAAAGGGAAGCGUGCAUGCGUGCAAGAAAGGGAAGCAAACAAAUAUGAGGUAAAGAACUGUGAUUAUCUUGGAAUGAAGGGAGCUCGUAUUUCGUGCAUGUGCCGUACAAUUAUCUUUUCUGGUGUUUCGAACGUGACAAAAGGGGUCGAUCGAAUCGAGGAAUGCAUGUUGUUUACGCGAAUGAGAAAUUAAUUAAAACAAACGGUCAUUUCGAUAAAAGAAUUCGCACUUUAGGUAACAACGGCGACAACUCAACUGUCGUUUCGUAAUUAUUUCUUUAACUUCCGGCGUUUUAUCGACGUUUAUUCCGAUCAAGCUUUGUCGUUGACAACCAUUUUUUGAGCGAAGCGUAUUCGUUCGGGAGUUAAAAUGUGAUCGUGGCUUCGGAUGAUUUGUCUACUCGGUAAAUAAUCGGUUUCUUUAAAAUAGCUAAAAGACGCGUCGUAAUCGUUGCAAUACUCCGCGAAUGCAAUUAAAAUAACGCGUAGAAUAGAGUCGAGUGUGCGAGUUUUGAAAGUUUGAAGCGUGACGGUUUUUCGUUCGAGAUAAAAUUUCGUUCUACGUACAUGUGCACGUAUAUGUAUAUGUAGUUGUGCGAUCGUUUCGGGAUAUCAACUCCGAUGGCGUGUCCGGUUUAAGAGGAAUUUGGUGAAUAAUAUAGAAUGGAACGCGAAACGUGCAUCGACAAGUUUGCGCGUUUUACCAUCUAUCGUCGGCGAGUUAUCUUUAUUUGCCGCGUAUCUAAUUCCUACGUGAGAAGAUUCGAGUCUCGGUGUGCAAGAAUUCGAGAGAAUGAUGUUCGUUUGGAGACGGUAGAUUAUUCGACGGUGAAGAGUGUGCGGAGAGAGAGAGAGAUGAAACGAGAGCCGAGAGAGAAGUGUGUCUGCGAGAAAGAGAGAAAGAUGGAGGGCAGAGGUAUUUGUCGCGUUCGGUAUAAAAUCGGAAGGCUCUGUAUGUAGCAAUUAUAGAAACCGUGUCUGUGAUUAUAUUAAGAAUAGAGAGACAAUAUAAGCAAUCUCUGUGUGAACGACCUAAUUAGAGGCGAAUGUAUUCGUGAUUCCGCGGCACGCGUAUACGCGCCUAUAUUGUACCGAUAUUUAAAAAUAUGUGUUUAUAAAUACGUUUACGUCCAAGAGUAUGCGUGGCAAUUUUAAACGGAUUUUUAGAUUAACCUUUUAACGAUCAAACCUUUACGCGGAUUGUGCAUUAAUCGCGUAUACCGGAUAUAUACGAUACACAGUAUAUCAGACGGGUUCGCUUGAUUCUUUUCUCUGGUUGCAUGUUUUCUUGUCGGGAACGAUUGACGUUUUAUCUAGCAAACAAACAUUAGAAAAAUAGAUUUGAUCGUUGGGCAGUUUAUCAGGGUCCGUGAUACGCUCGCAGCGCGCGAUAAGUUGCAAUUGAAACGCAAACACGUUCGAUUAAAAUUGCUAAACAUACCCGUCACCUUGCGAAAUUCCGAUAGAGCCGGGGCGCGCAGACGAGGACAAAAUUGGAUUUCGCUGUUUUGUUUAAUUUCGAAUCACAGAAUGCGAACCGUAUCUCUCCGAACGACCAUCGACGAAUCGAAUUUGUCGUUCGACGAAACUGGAGAAAGCGUGAGUCGAACGGCGACGCGUAGAAAUCUCGCACACCUUAUAGUCCGUAGACGAUACGAUACGAUGUGUAUGUAUAAUAUAACUUGUAAGAGCUGUAAAGAUAAUGUUCCUUUUUCUCUCUUCUUUUUCUUUUCUUGUCUUCUUUAUUUGAUUUCGAGCCAUCGGAGGAAGAUAACCGACGAUAAUAGGCCGCGCUCAUCCGAUAAACCGUUUGAUUCGUGUACACACACAAACACACGUACAGACACUCACACAGAUGUAUUAUCCACGCGUAAACGAACGAACACAUUACACGAAACCGUAUGAAAUUAUAUCCACAGCGUGGCGAACAAGCGGAAAUUCAGCGAGAAAAAAAACGUUGCGAGAAUCGGAGCGAGAGUUUAUUUCACGAGCGAAUUGUAAUUACUAUAUAUACAUAUAUAUACGCAUAUAUUAUAUAUACAUACAAGUUGUAUAUAUAUACAAGUUGUAUAUAUAUAUAUAUAUAUAUACAUAUAUAUAUAUAUAUACACAACUUGUAACUAUACAUAGAGUCCUUCAGGAAGAAUUUGUACAAACCCGCUGGAAUAAUGUACCAGCAAGUCUGUGAUUUUAGCUUGGUUAAUUCAGUAUUUUUUUAAAUAAAACGAGACAAAAUCAAGAUAAACGAUAAAAAAAAAAAGCAAGAUUCGAACUUGGAAAGAGGACUCGUGCAAGGGAGAGACGCGAGCAAGAGAAAGUUUUGUAUGAGAAAAAGCAUAAGUCGUUUAUACCGUGUUGCGUAUCGAGCAUGGUUGGAGGUCGAUGUGUGACGCGCGUGUGUGGGAGGAAGGGGAGGUGCAAGUAGAAAAGCAAAUAUAGCAAAGUGCCGACGGGAGAUAUUUAUCGCGUGUAUAUUUCACGAAAAUUUGUACAAAAAUCAUCGCUCGCACGCCGACGUUGCAGACGCAAAAUUUUGAAUCGUAUAAUUUUUUUUUUU